AACUUUAUCAAAUACAAAACAACUUUAUUUGUCCAACUGCUACUGUAUCUCUGGGUUUAACUGAGUGCUCACAAGUGAACCCAUGUGUGACGAUGGUAAGCAGAAGACAGCUAGAUAACGCAGAAUGCUAUUCUUGAACUUCCCCAAACAACAAUCUUGAUUUGAAUGUAUUGUGUUUGUUAAGCUAUCUGAGGUAUAUCUGGUGAGGUUGAGGGUCUUCUGAGAAAUACAGAGGAUAUUCAAUCUCUAAUGUUGCCUCCACAGCAUACCCUCCUUUGUUUGACUUCCAAUUCAAUGUAUUGUCUUUUAAUAUGGCCUUCUGCUGAUGUCCUUUUAUCUCUAUCAUGGCCAUACCCACUCCUAUCCAUCUCUCCUUCACCAUCCAUCCCUCUCUCCAUGGAGUCUGGCGGGUGUGUCUCGGAGUGUCACCCUGGUGGUGGCCUACAUCAUGACGGUGACAGGGCUGGGCUGGCAGGAGGCUCUGGCUGCUGUGAGGGUGGCUCGGCCCUGCGCUGGGCCCAACCUGGGCUUCCAGCGCCAGCUCCAGGAGUUUGAGACCAAUCACGCUGACCAGUUCAGGGAGUGGCUUUGGCAAUUAUACAAAGAGAGGCCCUUCAACGACGAGGAUGACAUUCGCAUCCUGUUGGCCAAGAGUUUCAAACCCAAUGGGGUGGGGGUGGAGGUGAAUGUUGAGCCGUCCACCCCUCCAGGAUUGCAGGGUACCUGAGAUCCCUUAUCCAGGUCUGAAGGCUUACACUGUGGGAUGAUACCACUCUGGCCCCUAGAGGGUGGGUGGGGGGUUCUUUCUCUGUCGGUACGCUGUUAGACCAGUCUCUCUCUCUGUUGUUGUCCCUCUACUGGAGAAGACUAGGGGAGGAUGGGUCAAUGGAUGCACCAUUUUGAGAAUGUUUAUUGAUGUUUUAUUAUGGCUAAUACCACUGGUUUUAUUACCCCUAAUUUAUGUACAGUGUUUAGUUAUGUAUGGCACGUUCAGCAUUUGUACUUGUUUUUCUAAACCUCGAAAAUGUAUGAUAUUGUUGUCAUGUCAUUUGUUCCUACUUGAAGCAACGUCAGCUUUUUGUGCAUUAAUACAAGGAUUAAAGAUGAAAUUAUGACUGAGAUGAAAUUGUUAUUAACUACCGGUAGGUCUGCUAUGCUGUCAGAUACAAUGUGAUAAUAGACAGACAUUCUCUGCUCUGUUUACCUCUGUUUCUGGGUCUAUUUCCUGUCAUGCAAGGAAGCCUUGCAUGACAGCAGUAAAAACAACAUUUUCAGCCCCCUCUGUCAGCAUUGGAGGGAUACAGAGAGCUGGGCAUGAGUGCCACUGGCUCUGAAAAGGGAUGCAUUUGAAUUUGUCUGUUGCCUACCUACCCACGCACCUACAUAUAAUGUAGCCCUUCUCCAAUAGAUAUAGCAUGCAGCCAAUGAAUUAGACCCAGUUGAUAUUAAAGGUUAUGUGCAUGACACAACCACUGGAGGGCAGCAGUAUAACCACAGUAAAACAAAUUGAGGCUAUAUUGUAUAUGUGAAUGAAAUGAAAACACACUCCACUAAAAUUUCCCAUAUUUUCAUCAAUGUCAUAGGCUACUGUAAUUAACUUGCAGGAUGAUUGAGUACAUUUUAAUUGCCAUAUAACUACAUUAUGAAAACAACAGCACAAGAACAAUUCUAUUUUUUGACUUUAUAAAACAGUAUUUAAAGCAUAAACAUAUAAUGGUAAUGGAAUCUAUUGACAUAAUUACGAUUUUAGGGAGUUUCUUUUUUGAUAUUGACACAGGUAAUUGUUCCAUUCCAUGGUGACGUUUGCUUCCUGUGUUUGCCACUCGAGAGGGAUUCCCCAUCGACUGUAGGUUGUUCUCGAUAAGCUUCAGAGAACUGCAGCUCCUCCCAGUCGCGGCACCGACACAUCAAGAUGUGACUGACUAUAUGAAUAGGGCACCCGAUGCUCUCACUUGAGAACUGUGUCAGUGAAAUCGAUUUCAUCACUUGUCAGAGAAGCUCACAUGGUUAGAGAGAUGAACUUAGAGGGGGACAGCGGUCUGUCAGUGAGCUGCGGCAACGGGAAACUUAGACAGUGGCUGAUCGAUCAGAUUAACAGCAGUAGCUAUCCCGGACUGGUUUGGGAGAAUGGCGAGAAAAGCAUUUUCAGGAUCCCGUGGAAACAUGCGGGCAAACAGGACUACAAUCGAGAGGAGGAUGCUGCACUCUUCAAGGCUUGGGCAUUGUUCAAAGGGAAACACAGGGAAGGAGUGGACAAACCAGACCCCCCCACAUGGAAGACUAGACUGCGAUGUGCUCUUAACAAAAGUAAUGACUUUGACGAGCUGGUGGAGAGAAGCCAACUUGAUAUAUCAGACCCUUACAAAGUCUACAGAAUCAUACCGGAGGGAGCUAAGAGAGGGAUCAAGAUGGCAGAGACAACGUUACAUAUGAGCUCAGAGAGCAACUACCCCAUGCACUCUCUGUACCCAACUCUACACAGCCAGGUGUCUGGCAGCUACAUAGUUCCCCAGGAGAGGAAGGAGUGGAAGGAGUACAGCCACACACAGGACCACCAGCAGCAACCUCAGCCUCAGCACCAUCAGCCACCCCACGUUGAGCUGCAGUAUAGCCAGUGCCACUACCCAUCGCCACUCAGCCGACUGUGGCACACCGGGCCACACACAGAUAACGGUUAUCAGUUCACUGGCUCCUUCUAUUCAUACUCCUCCUCAGAGUCCCACCCCACAGCAUUUACAAUGGACCACAACAUGGCCACCCUUUCUGACUUCCGACUGCAUGUGUCCCUGUUCUACCGUGAGGCUUUGGUCAAGAAGGUAACCACCUCUGGUCCUGAAGGCUGCCAGAUCACCUCGUCUUCCUCCUCCUCUUCCUCCUCUUCCUCUCCGUCCUCCCCCUGCCCUGGGGACAAGCUGUACAGCGGUGCAGAAGUGGUGCUGUUCCCGUCCCCUUACCCCGAGUCACAGAGGAGGGGGGCGGAGAAGCUACCCAACGUCCUGGAGAGGGGCGUGCUCCUGUGGAUGGCGUCAGAUGGGCUCUAUGCCAAGCGGCUUUGCCAGAGCCGAGUGUACUGGGAGGGCCCGCUGGCCCCGUACACGGACAAACCCAACAAACUGGAGAAAGAACAGACCUGCAAGCUGUUUGACACUCAGCAGUUCCUCACUGAGCUGCAGGGGUAUGCCCAACAUGGCCGUCCCAUGCCCAGGCACCAGGUGGUGCUGUGUUUCGGUGACGAGUACCCAGAUCCCCAACGCCAGACCAAGAUGAUCACAGCACAGGUGGAGCCAAUGUUUGCCAGGGAACUGUUGUACUUCACCCAGCAGAACAGCAGUCACUACCUUAGGGACUAUGAGCUCCAGGGACACACGGAGAGCUCCCCUCCAGCUCCAGGAGACUACCAGAGGACCCUCCAACACAUGCAGGAGUAACACAUACAAACAUGCCUCAGGAGCCAUGGACAUGCAUGUAGAUAGACCAAUGAGCUUAACUUCACAACUACUGUAAUGUAUAUGGUAUACUCAGGUCUUGGACUAAAAUGCCUCACUGUGAUUUCAAUGUAAGACUGGACUGUGCCUCCAUCAUCAGUGUCAACAGUUUGAGCCAAAGAUGAUCAAAGAUGAAAGUAUCUACCCUAGUUUGUACAGCCUUACAAUUAUGUUUCUAAUCAUCAUUUAUUUGUCUUUUUUUAAACAAUAUGAAAAACUGAUUAAGUAUUUUGAUUUGAUCUGUUGUAAUAGUUUUGUUUCAAUAUCACAUCUGGAUGCCAGUGUCUAGGUGAAUGUGUUUGAUUGAUUGGUUGAUUUUGCAAAACCUGCUCAAGGUAGCUGUAGAUAAUUGAAGUGAUUGGUUUUAGGCUGACCCUAGCAUUGGUUCCCACUUGAUCCUUGAUACAUUAUAGCUACAAAGUGUGUGGUGUGUGUAGGCUUAUCACAAGAGAUAGUGUGUUUUCCGGUGACAUCUGUAGGAAACCCACAACACCCCCUGACCUGUGGUAGUGGUGUGGUGGGCGGAGGUAGCCUGCCCCUGUCUCUCUCUCCCCAUCUCGCUCUCUUUCUUUGUCUCCCUCUACAUUUUCUCUCUUGCUAACACUUGCUUUCAACGAGACAGGGAUGCAUGUGUUUGUGUAUGUUUGUGUGUAUGUGUGUGUGUGCGGGCGUGCAUGUAUGUGUCUGCAUGUGAGAUUGUGACAGUGUAUAGGAUGCGGUUUGAGGGGACGAGGACCAAUGUGAAGCAGAGGGUGACUGACAGAAGCAGGAAGCACCAGUCACAGGUGCACAGGAAGUGGAGUAGCCCUCAGGAGAAAGGGAGAAAAGGCUUAAUGUGACCCAUUUCCAGAAGCUAGGCAUAUAUUGAACAUCACUACUUCACAGGAGAGGCAUUUUAAGGAAAAACAUUUUUUUUUAUAUCAAAAUACUUUUUGGGGCAGAAAUGCAUUUUGGAGCAUAUGAACUUUCAUGUGCCUUAAUAACAAACUUGUAUGCCAUCUGUAAAUACAAAUAAAAUGGUUAAAUUACGAGCCUAGUUGGUUUAGCCACGAAAAAAAGACAGGAACCUUCCGAUAGCCAUGAUUGGCUGAGAUAUGCCGAGAGAUGAGUUCGGAUUGAUCUGCCAUGAAGCACGCUUCUGUCCAUAACAUAAACUGCUCAGUAUGUGUUGAUAAUCCAUGCUACGGCGGCCGUUUUGAAAUAGAUAACAUUAGCCAUGGAGAACUGCAAAAGGGUUGCUACUGUUCUCAACAACAUUGUUGCCCUGAAUUUAGCAGGCACUAUAGACAAGAUCUGUGGGAAAAAGUUGUGAUGGACUACUUUCUGCACACGGUCAGUGUGAACCAGAGUGACAUGACACAACGAGCCAAAUAAGCUGUAGCUAGCUACAAAUAAAGCUACAAAUAAAAUGGAAAAGACACAGGAUGUCUUAGUUAGUUAAAGUGGUUCCAGUCUGGAGUGAAGCGUUCAUCCAUGUAUGCGAUAAGUGUCCAGCUACAUCUUUCAGGUAUUUUACUUUUCAAACUUUUCAUUGCAAGUUAAAGCUUAUUUUUUGCUAGCUAGCAAACAUUAGCUUACUGGCUCGCUACCUAAUGUUAUGUGUAUGUUCUGUAUAGUAAUAUUAUUUGCAUCUCAGAAAUCCAUUUGCAUUGCUAGUUAUAGCUUAAUGUUAGUUGGUUAGCUUUAGCUACCUGCAGAUUCAUACUACAGUCACAGACAGACCAAUGAGACAGAUAUUUCACCGGAUGUAUAAAUGUGAAGCAUCCGGUUGGCGUUUCCACUGUCUACCAAAUAUGUGACCCGUUUCAGGAAACUAGGCAUAUGUCGCGGGUCACUACUUCACAUGAGAGCCAUUUGAAUGUAAUCUUUUUCUAUUUUUAUCUAAAUGCAUAUUUUGGCAGAAAUGCCUUCUGGAGCUUGUGAACUUUCAUGUGCCUUAAUAACAAACAUGUAUGCCAUCUGUAAAUACGAAUAAAAUUGUUA